UCCGGUGUCAUAGGCGGGCGCCGGGAGUUGUUCUUCGUGGUUGUGGUGGUCGUGAGGCGGCCGGCCUCCGAAGAGUCUCUGCGAUGGCGGCUCCCGCUAUUCCUCCUCCGGGAGGACCCCCCGCGGUGCCCGGGGGACAACCGAGACCGGGAGGCGGGAAGAGCGGGGAGGAGCGGCUGAAGGAGAUGGAGGCCGAGAUGGCGCUAUUUGGUUCACAAGAAGUGCUGGGAGCUCCAGUUUCCUUACCUGCUGUGACUCCAGUGGUGGAGGCUGUCCCAGUUGCCCUGGCAGUGCCAGCUGUGCCUGCAAUUCCACCUGUCCCAGUCAUCCGCCCUAUCAUCGCCACCAACACUUACCAGCAGGUCCAGCAGAGACUGGAAGCUCGAGCAGCAGCUGCUGCAACUGUUGUCGCUCCUAUUGUGGCCCCUCCAGUACCGUUUGUAGGCCCAGCUGUGCCCCCACAGCGACCUCCUAUCCUCCGACCGACUUUUGUGCCUCAUGUCUUGCAGAGAUCUGGUGGUCCUCGGCCUAUGCCAAUGCGGCCGCCUCAUCAUCAACCCAUGGUGGGGCCUCCCAUGCCAGGGCCCCAGGGCCCCCCAAUGCUGAUGGGUCCACCAAUGCAGAGAGCCCCUGGCCCGCCUCUCGGAGGCAUCGGGCCCAUGAGACCUGGUCCCCCCGUUGGCCCAGGAAUUCCUGUCGGCCCUCUGGCUCCACUGGUGCCUGUUCCUCGGCCUGUUGUGGCACCUCCCAAAGUGAACCCCACUGUCAUCCAGGCAGCUCCUACGGUGUAUUCUGCCCCUCCGGUGAAGAAGCAAGAGGAGGAGCAUCGAGAGCCUCCGCCCCCUGUGGUGGAGGAGAAGGAGCCAGUUGGGCUGGAGGAGCCGGUGAUUGGACCCAGCAUGCCGGAGGCGGAGCCUGUUCCGCUGGUGGACCUGAGUCGACUCCCUUCGAUGCGCGUGCACGAGCCGCCGCCUGCACGGGGGAAGCGCCCCCGAGGACCUGACUCUGGCUUCGUCCCUGUUGAGCCUGUCGUGGAGAACACACCCGAGGACAAGAAGAAAACCAAGCAGGAGAAGCUGAAGCGUUGCAUCCGCACAGCAGCCGGCACUUGCUGGGAAGACGCCAGUCUCCUGGAGUGGGACCCCGAUGAUUUCCGGAUCUUCUGCGGGGACCUGGGCAACGAGGUGAACGACGACAUCCUGGCACGCGCCUUCAGCCGCUACCCGUCCUUCCUGAAGGCUAAAGUGAUCCGGGACAAGCGUACCGGCAAGACGAAAGGCUACGGCUUCGUCAGCUUCAAGGACCCCAACGAUUACGUCCGUGCCAUGCGAGAGAUGAACGGUAAGUAUGUCGGCAGCCGGCCCAUCAAGCUGCGCAAAAGCAUGUGGAAGGAUCGCAACAUCGACGUGGUGCGCAAGAAACAGAAGGAGAAAAAGAAGCUGGGCCUGAGGUAACCCAGCUGUUUAUGCCCUGUUCACCCUCUGAUACAGAAACAAGGAGCCGUCCUGUCACCUCUGAGCUGUCAAGUCCUGCCCUCUGGUGGGCAGGAUGCCCAUCGCAAGCAGGCUUUGCGUGUAGGAGACCUUGAGUUCCCCACAGCUCUCCUGCCAGCCAGGCACGUAAGAUGUGUGCGCACAGACACCUCCUUGUAGCUCCUACAGACUUAAAGUCUUCGAGUGGGCACGGCGCUAACAAGACUGCAGUCCUGCGCUUUCUUCUGGGGGAAAAAAUUGAGCAUAACAACCAUUUGCGUAGGGUGGGGGAGUGUCUUAACUCAAUAAAUGUGUCUAUUUUU